ACCCUCCAUUUCUCUCUCUCUCCUAUCACUUCGGAUACACAUAUUGAUUGCAGACAUGCUUUUGCCUUCCGUUCGAAGCAAGAAAACAACGGCCGUGGGGAUUCCGACCGUCGACCUUUCUAUGGAAAGGUCAGAGCUUUCGGAACUAGUGGUGAAAGCCUGCGAGCAGCAUGGGAUCUUCAAGGUGGUCAACCAUGGCGUGCCAAAGCGGGUCAUUUUGAGAUUGGAAGAGGAAGGCAAUCGCUUCUUCUCCAGACCCGUCUCCGAGAAGCUCCAGGCCGGUCCCGCCACUCCUUUCGGCUACGGUUCCAGAAACAUCGGCUCCCAUGGCGAUAACGGUGAUCUUGAGUAUCUUCUCCUUCACACCAAUCCUCUAUCCAUUUCUCAGAGUUCAAAAACCAUCUCUGAAGACCCUACCGAAUUCAGUUGUGCGGUGAAUGAGUACAUAGAAGCAGCAAGGGAAGUGGCAUGUGAGAUACUGGAGCUCGUGGCAGAGGGAUUGUGGAUUCCGGACAGGUUGGCGCUGAGCAGGUUAAUCAGGGACGCCCACAGCGACUCAGUGCUAAGGCUGAAUCACUACCCGGCCACGGCAAAGGGGAAGGGGGACCCAUCACAGGUGCUGCCCAGUAACAACGUCGGCUUCGGGGAACACUCUGACCCUCAGAUCCUCACCAUCCUCCGCUCCAACGACGUCAGCGGCCUCCAGAUCUCCACCCACGACGGCCUCUGGAUCCCCGUCCCACCCGACCCCAGUGAAUUCGUUGUCAUGGUCGGCGAUUCCCUCCAGGCAUUGACGAACGGCAGGUUCAGAAGCGUGAGGCACAGAGCGGUGACAAACGGGAGCAAGUCUAGAAUGUCCAUGAUGUACUUCGGAGCGCCCGCGCCCAAUUCCUGGAUCAGGCCCCUGCCCGUGUUGCUGUCCCCUCACCAGCGCCCUCUGUACAAGCCCUUCACCUGGGCUCAGUACAAGCAAGCCGCCUAUUCUCUCGCCCUCCGACACACUCGCCUCGAUCUCUUUAAGGCCCAGGAUGCUCCCCUCCUCAUUUCUGCCUCUCCCUGAUCCCUGCACUCUGCCUAUCUCCCAUCUACAUUUUGUCGGUGUCCCCCCCCCCCCCAAACAAAAAAAAAAACAUUUUUGUUUCAAGAUUAUGUUUUUGAGGAUCUCCCCUUUCGCAGAAGCCUCAAAUUUCUGUAAAUUUGACCUCCUACGUGAGGCAUUAUGUAGAUUU